UCCUUCUGAGAUUGGCCAUCUUACUAGCCUUCAGCAUAUAAUUCUCGUGGGGAACAUAAGUAAUGGCACAAUUCCUAACAGUCUUAUCUCAUUGUCGUAGGCUUGAAAGUGUAAUGUUUCAGAACAACAAACUUACUGGUCAUCUUCCCCGUGAACUAGGCCAACUUCAUGGACUGAAAUUUCUUGACGUGUCCAUGAACAAUCUUACUGGUGUAAUUCCCUCUACUUUUGGCAAUCUCUCCACUCUUACCAUUCUCAACAAAGCAAGAACUCAAAUAUCUGGCGAAAUUCCAAAUGAGUUGGGUCGUCUCAAUAAUCUUGUCACUCUUCAACUCUCGGAGAAUCAAUUAAGUGGUGAGAUUCCCUUUUCAAUUUUCAACAUUUCCUCCCUGAAGUUCUUAUCUCUCACACUGAACAGGCUAGUUGGAAAGCUUUCCUCCAAUAUAGGCCUUACCCUUCCCAAAAUAAGGGAACUCUGCUUGGCAAGCAAUCAUCUGGAAGGACCAAUACCAAGUUCUUUAUCCAAUGCUUCAUAUAUUGAACACCUUGAUCUCUCUUCAAAUAAUUUCACUGGGCAUAUUCCUUUACUAGGUAACUUGAAACAUCUUGUCCAGUUACCCCUUAGCGUAAACAGUUUAUCUUCUACAACAAAACUGAAUUUCCAAGUAUUUGAUUCCCUUACAAACUGUACCCUGCUAAGGAAAAUCCUUCUGAAUUCUAACCAAUUAGCUGGUGAACUUCCCCCUUCUGUCACAAAUCUCUCAGUCCAUCUCCAACAUUUUUGUGUUCAUGAUAAUUUCUUGUCCGGUAGCUUCCCUCAAAGAUUUGAAAUGUACCAAAACCUUGUGUCCUUACCAAUUGAGAAUUUUUUUUUUUCAAAGGCAAAAUACCAAACUCCAUUGGAGAACUUCAGAAACUAGAAAGACUUAUGGUUAUUGAC